AUGGCCGGAUACGAUUAUGGCGGUCCGGGUAGUGGCGGUGAUUGGGGCCAUGCUCUUGCGCCUGGCACUGAGAUUCCAUUCCGGACCGAUCAAGACCCGACAACCCUUACCCCGGGUCCGCCCCGGCACAAUGGCGGACCUGGCGGGAACCAGGGCGCCCGGCCACCCGGGUCGCCCUCGUUGAGCGCCGAGAAUACCGAUACCGAAUCGAGGCGGAGCGGAGAACGGAAUAGGUCACGGGCUCGAGGAUCAAGGUCCGCCAGCGGCCAAGUGCGCACAUGUAAGAAAUGCGGCGAGCCACUGACGGGGCAGUUCGUGCGAGCGCUGGAUGGGACGUUCCAUUUGGACUGCUUCAAAUGCAGGGACUGUGGUCAGAUUGUCGCCUCCAAGUUCUUCCCCGCCGACGACAAUAACGGCCUGGGGCAAUACCCUCUGUGCGAGACCGACUACUUCCGCCGACUCGGGUUACUAUGCCACCAAUGCGGCGGAGCACUGCGGGGGUCCUACAUCACAGCCCUUGAGCGCAAAUACCACGUCGACCACUUCACCUGCUCCCUAUGCCCCACCGUAUUUGGCGCCCAGGACAGCUACUACGAGCACGACGGCCAAGUGUACUGCCACUAUCACUACUCCACCCAGUUCGCACAACGCUGCAAUGGCUGCCAGGCCUCCAUUCUUAAGCAGUUCGUCGAGAUCUUCCGGAACGGCCAGAACCAGCACUGGCAUCCAGAGUGUUACAUGAUCCAUAAGUUCUGGAAUGUCCGCCUCAACCCACCACAGGAGGUGAUCAGUCCCACUCAGGACGACCGAGAGGGCCGUGAGCUGAUCCGGGAAGAGGAGGAACGGAUGGAGGAGAAGGUUUUCCGGAUAUGGAGCGUCUUGUCGACGUUUGAAGAGUCAUCCGCAGCUUGUAUUUCCGACAUGCUCUUGCAUGUCAGCAAUGGCGCGUACAUUGACGGUGUCAUGGUUGCUAAGAGGUUUAUCUUCCACGUCGACAUCCUCUUUCGCUCGGCCGACAGGCUGGAUUCCGCGAUGACGGGGCUCAACAUCGACAGUCUUGCGUAUGGUCGAGAAGCCAAACUUCUCUGCAAGAAGAUUGUUGCCUUUUUUUCCUUGCUCUCCAAGACCCAGGACGGGGGCGCGCGGAAACCCGGUGUCACUCAAGAUUUGUUGACUCUCGUUACCGGCCUCGCACACUACCUGAAGCUCCUCAUCCGGAUUUGCCUCCAAGGGGCGCUCCGGAUAGAAAAGGAACGCAAGAAUGCCGAUGGCCUAUACCGCUUCCUCGACGAUCUCAACGACCUCGAGACGCUCAAAACGGACGACAACUCGACCACGACGCUGCAACUAACAACAGGCAUGUCGAGGCUCUCCGCCCAUGACUCGGACCAAUGUGCUGCGUGCCGAAAGCCCAUCGAAGACGAGUGCGCCAAGAUAGACGAUAACCGGUGGCACCUUGCGUGCAUCGGCUGCACUCGAUGCGGCAAGGAUCUGGGGCGAAACCUCCAAGAGGCACGGCUGAGCCCAUAUGAUGCAAAGAUCUUUUGCAGCUCCUGCGAGCCGAGCUCUCCCACCACUGCGCCGCCAUUUGAACACGUCACCAAACUACAGCAAUAUGUCUUUCUGCUCCAGGUGGCCCUGGCUCGACUCCUGGAGAUUCUCCGCGUCAACGGCUCGAUUCCGUCCUACGCCGAAAACUCGAAUGGAGAGGGCGCAGAAGGUCAGGGUUCAUACGGUGGUAACCAGUACCCAAGACACCACCGAGAGUCGUCCUACGAGAGCGCUCUCAAUGAUGUCAAGAGGCUGAAGAGCACCCGCCUGGACAAGCACCUGUCAUCGAGCUUUAGGAAAGCUCGCACCUCCCGGAUCCUGGAUGGGCCCGAGAGCAGCAGCGUACGGCCGGGGUCAGCCGGAGGCGGCGCUGGGGACGGCGGCUUUAACAAGGGCUUCCAGAUCGUCGAGGAACGGGGCCCGAUCGAUGAAGAGGACAUCAUGUUGCCCAACCAGGAUGCGAUCACGCUCGACGACAUUCCCAAGAUUAUCGCUGCCGAGCAGGCGAGAGAGCAGCGAUACCCCCCACCACGACAGGAGCUUUUGCGUUCCCCCGCUACCGAUCCCCAGUUCGGGGCUAACGAACCCGCCGGAGGUAAUAAUGUCCAUCAACGCAGCCUCUCAGACGGGAAAGGGGCUGGGACUCGCGGGCUGGGUGAACCACCUGCGCUACGCGGCCGGCGGUACUUCUCUGAGCUUUCUGGGCUGGAGUACUUUAUUGUGAGGCAUCUUGCUGUUCUCACGAUGCACCCCAUGGUGGAGUCUGAAUUCACGCUGGAGGAGCUUCUCGGGUUCAUCGAGAGCAAGAAGCCCGCGACAUUCUGGAAGAACAUCGGCAAGGCGUUCAAGAACGACGGCCGAAAGAACGUGAAGAAGAAGGGCGUUUUUGGCGUUCCCCUGGAGGUUAUCAUCGAGCGAGAUGGGGCAGAGUCCACGGACGGUGUCGGGCCUGGCACGCUGCGAAUUCCCGCUGUCGUGGACGAUAUUAUCUCGUCCAUGAAGCAGAUGGAUCUCUCUGUCGAGGGUGUGUUCCGCAAGAACGGAAACAUCAAGAAGCUCAACGAGAUGGUAGAAAAGCUUGACAAGGAAGAAGAAGUCGACUUCAGCUCCGCCCAUGUCAUCCAGGUCGCUGCCCUCUUGAAGCGCUACCUGCGUGACCUACCAGAUCCGCUGAUGACCCACAAACUCUACCGUCUCUGGCUGGCGGCCGCAAAGAUACAAGACGAGCAGAAGAUGAGGUACUGUCUUCAUCUGACGUGUUGCCUGCUGCCGAAGCCGAAUCGGGAUUGCCUAGAAAUCCUAUUCUGCUUCGUCAAAUGGGUCGGAUCAUUUCAUCAGGUCGAUGACGAGUCCGGGUCCAAGAUGGACGUCAAGAACUUGGCGACCGUCAUUGCCCCCAAUGUUCUCUUUGAUAGGAACAAAACGCUGGGGCUUGAUAGCGAUCCAAUGUUUGCGAUCGAAGCGGUUGAGAUGUUGAUCGCGAACAUUGGGGAACUGUGUUUGGUCCCCGAUGAACUCGUCGACCUUCUCAACGACCAAGGCCUAUUCAAUGCCACCGGUGACCUAACCACCAAGGAAAUCCUCAAGAAAUUCUCCGACCGGACCGCCACAGGCCUCGGGCCCCGACAAUACGCCGAAGUCACCGAGAUCGUCGGCCGCCACGAGAUCCCCAGCCGACCGCCGCCCAGACGAAUCGAAACCGACCCAUCUCAAUGGCAACAGGAAAGCAGCGUCCGACCCAUCCAAGACCCGUCAGUAAGCUACGGUGGACCUUCCCACACCGGCACGCCACCACCAAACCGUGGGGGGCCCUACGACGCCCCGCCAUCUCAGCAGUCUCCUUACGGGCAAUUUGACCGCCAGGCAGCAGCGACCCCCGACAAUGCCGGUGCCGGUCGUGGCCAGCCACAAGGACCGCAAUCCCAAUCUCAGCAGCAGCAACAGCAGCAACAGCAGCAACAGCAGCAACAGCAGCGGGGAGACUGGCGGAAUUCGGGAUGGGGCAGGCAGAACAGUGGACUGACAACCGGCACUGUCUAG